AUGGGUCCAAUUCGCAAUUCCAGGGGCAACGCGAAGGGGACGAAUGACGAGCGAGAGCUGAAGUAUACGGCUGACGGACGCGUUAUCUGUGAGUACUGCGCGGACGACUUUCACCCCCAGGGGUUUUCCCGCCAUGAGAAGGCGUGCACCAUCCGCAAGCUCAGGAUAAUGCACGACACCCAGGUCUCUAUCUCGAUCCAACAAGAGUCUGAUAGUGCUGAUGUGUUGUCCAAAGGGCAACCUACUCCAUCAGAACGUGAAACCGACGAUAUUCGGGUCGAAUACCACCCCCACAGUCGCUUGCCCACUGAAACAACACCACUCUCCCAGUUUACACGCCGCCAUUUCGUUCCCCCGCCUCCGCCUCCCACCGUGAGCGAGCCAUGGCGUCCCUUCGAGUCGAGACUCGACUUUGAAGUCGCCGAGCUCGCCCUUGAAGCGUCGCUGAGCAAGGAUCAAACGAGUCGUUUGAUCAAGCUCAUGCAACGCGUCGGCAGUGGUCGCGAGACCUUCAACAUCAAAAGCGAGAAGGAACUCCGCAAGAUUUGGAACGCUGUUGGACAUCGCAUCACCCCUUGGCAAAAGGAGGAGGUUUCUGUCCAAUACCAGGAUGAGCCCGAACCACGAACAUUCGACAUGUGGCAUCGCUCGCUGUGGGGCUGGGCCUGUGAUCUCUUGAAGGAUCCUCGCAUCGGGCCGCAUUUCAACUUCGACGCGCAGCGGCUCUCCAAAUGGAACGGAGAAAAGUUUGUUCGCUUCAUUGACGAACCAUGGACGGCCGACGCGUUUUGGAAUCUACAGGAUCAAAUUCCUGACGACGGGAAACCGCUGAUGUACAUUCUGUACGCGGAUAAGGCAAAAUUGUCGUCGUUCGGACGAGCCAAGGGAUAUCCGGUCGUCGCCCGAAUAGCAAACCUCCCGACAUCGAUCCGCAAUGGGGAAGGAUUUGGUGGUGGUCGAGUCGUCGGAUGGUUACCAAUAGUCAAAGAAGAUAAACGACAACGCAACAAACCGCCUUGGGCCGCCUUCAAGAAUGUUGUGUGGCACAAGUCCUUCGAGAAGAUCCUCGAAGACAUUGCCGCACACUCCAAGACCGGGUGUUGGAUUCGAUGCUGGGACGAUGUUCAUCGUAAGUUUUAUCCCCGUGUCCUCAUACUUUCCGCAGACUACGAAGAACAAUCUGUUAUGGCUCUUACUCGCGGCGUCAAGGCCAAGUACCCGUGCCCCAUCUGCCUUAUACCGCGGGAGGAACUCUCUAACGUCGCAAACCGACCUGUAUACCCACUUCGAACGCGAGACGGCGUGAUCGCCACGUUAGAAAAGGCCCGGAACCAGUCUCGAAUGGAAGGGGAGGAGACUUUGAUGGCCGAGGGGCUGCGCGAUAUCGAUAACGCAUUCAACGCCGUCGAGAGUGCCGACGUACAUCGUGCCCUCAGCUUCGACCCUUUACACGCGAACCAUGAAGGGAUGUUUGGCGCUCAUCUCUGGGGAGAGUUGCAGGAGGCUCUCAGCAAUAUUGGGCGAGAGGCAGUUGCUCAAGUCGACGACAAUUUCGAUUCUAUUCCUCGAUGGCGCGGCCUUAACCAUUUCGAUAAUGUUGUUGACAUCUCCUUCAACGACGGCGUGAAACAUCGAGAUAUUUCAAAGCUUUUGACGUUUACAUGUCAAAGCGUCAUUCUCAAAGAAAACCAUUCCACCGCGUACCUUCUUCUUCGCUGCAUACGAGCAUAUGUCGAGUUCGACAUGUGGCUGACCCUCGACGUCCACACAGAGGAGACGCUUCAAUGUGGGAGAGAAGCCCUUUUGAUCUUAUCAAAGCUUCUAGACGCGUAUAUUAAGAAAACCAAGAGGACAUCAGACAAAAACUGGAACUUCAUCAAAAACCAUACCCGCGACCACUCAUUCGACGACAUUUUAGCCAAAGGCGUCACACGAAACUUCGAUACAAAACCGAAUGAGAAGAUGCACGGGCCGCUCAAAGACUGGUAUCAGUUCAAUACAAAUUUCAAGAACUUCGCCCAGCAGAUUCUCCGCAUGGAGCACGACCAACUGGUCUGCUCAUGGAUUCGCGAACAGAUCGAGAGCUUCGACGAUUAUCAGCUCCUGUUCACGAAUCCCGAGGAGGUUGAAGAGAACGGCUCAGUGGCGCGGUGCGAAACCUUCGACGGCAUUUACAUCGGGUCGUCCCAGGCCCAAUCGACGUUUGCUGUAGUCGAAGGCCAUCACGCUGAUGAUAACAAUUUCCAGCGCUUCCGUAUCAAGGUCGGCUACUAUAUCAACUCGACCGUACCCGCAGAAAGGCUCCCUGGAGGUAAACGUAUACAGCUGAAGCCGGACGACGAGAUCGUUGAGUAUCGUUUCGUCAAAGUCGACUAUGUAUCUAUGGUCGACUGGUGCAUGCACACCGAUUACUUACGAUGUAGUCCAAUGUUCUUCGGCCGCCCUCGAUACGAUUGCGUGAUCAUACAGCACGGGAACAAGCAGAUCUUUGGACGCCUCGUAUUUCUCUUCAAGGUUACGAUAGGCGAUCUCGCCUACCCUCUUGCCCUCAUUCACCCAUACGAUGCUCCAACCGGCCAUCGAUUGGCAAAGGACAUACAUCUUAACUUCUGGCGGGUUCGAGCACGCCCUCAUGCCGACACUCAAGUUUUCUCUACUGAAUCUAUCGUACGAGGCGCCGCGCUUGCUCGAGACCCAACAUCUCCUGGCGACUAUCUUGUUAUCGACACAAUAGACGCGGACAUGUUCCUUCGCAUGGAUGACAUGCAUAAGAAGGCGGGACACUACUAG